CUCCCUCCAACUCAUACUCAUAGUUUGUUUUCUGCAUCACAGGAAAAAAGUGACUUUAAAAUAUCAAAUUCAUUUGAACUCAAAACACAUUUCCCUUAACAUAACUGAUAUAUACAAUCAUGGUCCAUUCAUUAAUCCCUGUACCAGGAGCUACAGCACCACCCAUCUCAAUCUCAACAUCAUCAUCAUCAUCAUCUCAUUCUAAUUCUAUGAAGAAAGCCCAUUUACCAUCAUCUUCAGGGUUUCACAGAGCCUGGGUUUGUCAUCAAGCAUCUUCUGAUCAACCCCUACAGCAUACAAUUGUCUACCGCAGGAGUACUAUUGCAUUGGGCUUGGCUGGUGCAGUGCUGGGCUUGAACAUUGGCAACCAGAGUGCAAGUGCCGCUGCUAGGAGGCCACCACCACCGCCACCAGAAGAGAAAAAGGAUCCAAGUGUGAGUGGUCUUCAAGCCAAAAUUUUGGCUAGCAAGAAAAGGAAGGAAGCCAUGAAGGAAACCAUGGAAAAGCUAAGAGAAAGAGGAAAGCCUGUAACCGGUCCAUCUGAAUAGUUUUUGAACAAACUCAUUUACCUAAAAAAAAGAAAAAGAGAAAAACAAAAUCAUGUCUAGUUCCAAGUUCUACACCAAUCUUCUUUUGAUGGAGAUCGGAGAUUGAAUAUGCCUUCUAAUAAUGGUGAAUAUUGUGGAAAAUUUCGGUUCAUUUUGCAAAAGUGAUAUUAAUUUGUAGAGAAGCAUACAAAUGCUUCAUAGUCA